CCAGACACUAGCAGUUGCAGCAAUGAAAAUCGACUUGCACACUCAUAUUUUACCUGAAUCUUGGCCCGACUUAAAAGAGAGGUAUGGAUAUGGUGGAUGGAUACAGCUUCACCAUGUAUGUGAAGGAAAGGCCAACAUGAUGAAGGAUGGCAAUCUUUUCCGAGUUAUUGAUCAGAACUGCUGGUCACCAGAGGCAAGAAUCAAGGAUAUGGAUGCCACAGGUGUUACCAUUCAAGCCUUGUCUACUGUUCCAGUCAUGUUCAGCUACUGGGCCAAGCCAGAGGAUACCUUGGAUCUCUGUCAGAUUGUAAAUAAUGAUUUGGCAAAAACUGUGAACAAAUAUCCUGAACGAUUUGUUGGACUUGGAACCCUUCCUCUUCAAGCUCCUGAUCUUGCUGUCCAGGAACUGAUUCGAUGUAAAACAGAACUAGGUUUUAAAGGAGUGCAGAUUGGCUCCCAUGUCAAUGAAUGGAAUCUAGACGCAAAGGAACUACGGCCUGUGUUUGCGGCUGCAGAGGAACAUGAUGUAGCCAUCUUUGUUCAUCCAUGGGACAUGGAGUUAUCUGGACGUAUGAGCAAGUACUGGUUGCCGUGGCUUGUAGGAAUGCCUGCAGAAACAGCGACUGCUGUAUGUUGCAUGUUGAUGGGUGGUGUGCUUGAACAGUUUCCUAGAUUAAAAGUCUGCUUUGCUCAUGGAGGCGGAGCUUUCCCUUACACCGUAGGAAGAAUAGAACAUGGCUAUAAUGUUCGUCCUGACCUAUGUGCAACAGACUGUAAAACAGCACCACGUGAUUACCUAGGAAAAAUAUACACUGACGGAUUGGUUCAUGAUUCCGAGGCUCUCAAACUACUAGUCAAUAUCAUAGGGGAGGAUAAGGUGAUGCUUGGAUCUGACUACCCAUUUCCUCUCGGCGAACACCACCCUGGCAAGCUGAUUGAAGAAAUGAAAUUUGAUGAUAAUCUAAAGGACAAGUUGUUGGCUGGGAAUGCUUGUGAAUUUCUUGGCCUUGACCGAAAGUUGUAUGAUCCAGCAGCAAAAUAGUUAUUAUUACCUGGAGAUUGAGGCCGAGAUUUUACCGGAUUGAAAAGGAGGCUUAUUUGUGGGCAGGAGCUCAUUUACAGAUAAAUUUGAUAGAAUAAAUCAAAAACUUAACUUGGGUUUUAUAUACAGGGAGAAUUUAAUUUUCAGCAUAAUUCUUGUCAGAUUUGCAAAGACUGAAUUGCUAUUAUUCCAGAGUUAACUAAAUAAAUAGAUAUAUUGUGUAUAUGGACCGUCUUUACAACAGGAUUAACAAUUGGUCUUUCUGGUCCCUAUACUUUUCUGUUAUUUUAAGCUUACCACUGGUCAUUCUUGAAUUUUUAAGCACAGUGUAUAUAGCCAUAUUCUGGCCUUUUUUUGGCAACAGUUGGUAUGUUGAUGGAAACAUUGUACAGGAUGUUAAUCCUUUUAAUUGUCUUAUGGAUGAAAACAUUUUCAUCUUUAAGUGCCUUAGCCAGGGAUUAAACCUGCAACCUUUGUGUUAUCUGUUGUAUACUCGUUCAUCACUUUUUUAAUCAGUUAAAAUAGGUUUGUCGAUAGGAAAUUGAAACAGAAGUUUUUCUUUGUUAGAAAAGGAUCAUUUCUGUUAUUUCAUAUUAAACGAAUCAUUUUUAAAGAGAAUUUACCGUGGAAAACAAUCAACAAAUCAUCACAACUAUUAUCCUGUAUUCUCUUGUUGUGUUUCUGGUGUUUUUGUCGGAAGGUAGACACACUAUUUACAGAAAUUUAGGUUUCUAUAUAGGAAGCUGUAGAUUGAAUGCCUUUGUUUCCUUCAUAAAUUCUAGUUAUAUUUUUAUUAAGAGGUAACAUGUUUGGAAAAAAAACAUAUCUAGAGAUAAUUUUUUUAUCUCAUUUGUUUACAAUAUAUCUAAUGUGUUGUGUGUAUAAUUAUGAAAAAGUACAAAUUGAUACCUCAGAAUUGAGAGAGCAGACAUCCUCAAUGGGUUUUUAAUUUGUGAUGUGACAAUGAAUGCAAUAUACACAAUGUGUCAUUGAUGUCGUAUGAAGAUUGUCGGUAAAAUUUUUGUUUUGUUGAUAUCUGUAUUCACAUACAUUCCUAGUAAUUUCAUCAAGAGCGUCUGAGAUCAGUUUCUAUUUCAUUCAAAAUUCAUGAAACUUGAUUAAAAUACUUUUCAACUGGAGUUUACUAUUUGAAAUUUCUUUGAUUGAAAAACUUGAAAUAUGAAAUAGAACUCAUUUUAGAUUCAAGAUGAAAUAAAAGUGAUAAUGUUUUCACCCUUGGUGUAAAAUGAUACUGUUUUAAACCUGAUAAGCACACUUGCCCUUAGAAGCACCGACUGACAUUUUGUGAAAGAGAGUAGACGCUAAGUGGAAGUGUGUACUGAUUUAUUAAUCUACCAAUACAUAAUCUAUUUCCAUGUGUUAAGAAAUGUGACUGAAAUGUACAGUUUUUCUAAAGUUUAAUAAUGUUUUCUUUCAUGUUUCAGCACAUGCCAUGUUGAAAAUUGUUCCUGUAAACAGUUUUAUCAAACUUAGUCCUUUUGUGUUUUGCAUGUUGUACUUAUUAGGUUAAAACAGUACAUACCUUACAUUGUAGGUGUGAGAUAGGUUUGGUUAUAUGUUAUGUUAUACACAGGAUUUUUAUUCUAUAAACACUGAUAGUAUAUACUUGUUAAACCUAUAUAAAUUUUUAUCGAGGUCAGUGUAGGCUUUUAUAAACCAGGAAAACUUAAGAGGAGGAAGUAAUGAGUUUCACUGCAUCAUAAUCUUGUUUUUAUGAUUAAGCAAUUUUAUGGGGGAGGCAAUAUAAUGUUCCCUAUGUCUACAGAAUCUACAUCACAUUCUCACAUUUCUCAACAGAUUAGCUCACAUAUAAACUUACUUAGUUUAGUGUACAUGCAGUUUGAAAAACGCUUAAAUAACAUUAACAUAAAAUAAAUCUACAGUAACCAGUAGUAUCAUAGCAUUUAGUUCCACAUCUUAUAUAAAGGUAGUCAUUGGUCAAAGUUCAAGGGUCAAAGAUCAUAUCUGACAGCUUUUGUAUAUUCAUUGUACGUUGAUACUCAUAUUCUGUAUGUUGGAGUGUGGGCAUUCAGGACUUACAGGAAUUUUCUGGUUUUACUAAAUGUCCUUAACUGUAUUGUUUGUUCCAACAAAAAAGGAACAUUUGUAAUUUGUUAUUUCUCUGUGCUUACCUUUCUGGGCUUAGCCUGUGUAUUGACUAUUGUGUGACAAUUGAUGAUUUUUUGCUAGCAAACUACAGUGUAUUACAAAAUAGUGAUGAAUUGGUGUAAUCUCAUAAUUUACAUAGAAAAUAUUAUAUUGAAUGAGUUAUUAAUGCAAUUGUAAUUCAAGGCAUAAUCUUCAGCUUAAAAAGUGCUAGAAAUAUUUACACAUUUUACAGUACUAGAAUUAGAUGAAAUCUCAGUAUUUACCUAGAAAAUAUUAUAUUGAAUGAGUUAUUAAUGCAAUUGUAAUUCAAGGCAUAAUCUUCAGCUUAAAAAGUGCUACAAAUAUUUACACAUUUUACAGUACUAGAAUUAAAUGUAUGUUGCACAAAUAACACAAAAUAAAUUACUUCCACAGGUCUUUUUCUUGCCUGUUUGCCACUCGGCAACUUAUCAAUUCACAUAUCAUAAAUUGGAAGUCAGGAGGUAAAGGCUUGUUGCUUGAUAUUUGAAAAUUAGUGGUGGGGAUAAGAAUAAGUUUGAUUGCAAAGUGUAUUAUCAAUAUUUUUUUUAUUGAAAGAUAACAUUUUAUUCAAAUAAAUGAAUACCCAUUUCAACAAAAGAGUGGAGUGUUGUUAAACUUUGUUUUAAUGAGAUAGAAAUGAGAUUAAUUGUUAUUAUUAACAUGUCAACCUGGUGUUUUUAAUAUUGAAUAAUUUGGUAAAAAGAUGCAAAUUUUCAAUGUUGUUUAGCUUAUGCGUAGAGCAAUGGAACAGAGUAAUUUUGGUUUAAGUUUUUUUUAUAAAUACUUCUGUAUCACUUAUUGGUAUGUAUAAAUACUUCUGUAUCACUAAUUGGUAUGUAUAAAUACUUCUGUAUCACUAAUUGGUAUGUAUUAAUACUUCUGUAUCACUAAUUGGUAUGUAUAGAUACUUCUGUAUCACUAAUUGGUAUGUAUAAAUACUUCUGUAUCACUAACUAGUAUGUAUAAAUACUUCUGUAUCACUAAUUGGUAUGUAUAAAUACUUCUGUAUCACUAAAUGGUAUGUAUUAAUACUUCUGUAUCACUAACUAGUAUGUAUAAAUACUUCUGUAUCACUAAUUGGUAUGUGAAGUACAUCAUUAUAUACACAAAGAAAUGUAAAUUUACCAAAUAAUGCUAGUUACUUAAAUAAUUUUUUUCAUUCAUUUUUGUGGGUUAUUUAUUUUCAAUUAUGGUUACUCCUAGUCCACAAACUGUUACAUCUAUUACAAUUAGCAUAAGAAAAGAUAUUGAGUUAUGUUUAUCAACAAAAUCUAUGGUAAUCUUUUGAGAAAAAAAACCUACAAAAAUUUAGCCACACAAAUAUAUAUAAUUUUUCAGUAUAUUCGAUUUUGUAUGUUUUUUGUUAACUGAUGAAUGUUAUUUUUCUGUUUUUAUUAAUUAGUGCUUUUAAGGUUGUGUAAACCUUUACUUUUAAAUAUUUUUAUAUUGGUUAGUGUUUUCAUUUUUUUUUCUCCAUUUUUGCAUGUUUUUCAUCCAAUGAAAUAAUUAUAAUAGAUGCUAAAAGUUAUGAUUUAAGAACUGUCCCAUGGAUGGGCAUUAAACACAUUCAUCUGGGUGUAGCACAGGAUACAAAGGUAGCUAAUAUCCUUUUUCAUAGAAGACAGUAUUCAGAAUUCUGUGCUGCACCGAGUUUACUGGUGACAUUGGGUUUGUUCUGACUUCAUUGUUUUAGAUUUUUGUAACUUUAUUUACAAAUAAAGCAAAAAGACUUGUUUAAUUUU